AUGUCAAAAAAUCAUUCAAUUCCAGAUGAGGUUGACGUGGUGAUUGCAGGGGGAGGCACGACCGGAAUACUAGUCGCUUCGCGUCUCGCCAAAGCUGAUCCCACGCUUUCCAUUGUAGUUCUAGAGCAUGGACCAAACACCAGAGACGACCCUCUAGUAGUCAACCCUGCAUUCUACCUAAUGAACAUUGCCCCCGAUUCGCCCCGAGCGUCCUUUUAUAAGUCCAAGCCGUCGGAGGCUCUAGCAGGCAGAGAAUCAAUAGUUCCAACCGGCAGGUGUCUGGGUGGUGGGAGCUCAAUCAAUUUCAUGGUCUACUCGAGACCGCAGGCAAUUGAUUUCGAUGCAUGGAAUGUUACGGGUUGGACUGGCAAAGACAUGAUCCCCAUGUUCAAGAAAUAUGAGCGAUUUCAUGACACCGAUCCAGAUAUUGACACGAGCGUGCACGGUUACGAUGGCGAAUUCUGCGUGUCCGCAGGAACCAACGCCCAGCCUUCUUUUCAACAAGACUUCUUCAAGGCUUGCUCUGAUGUUGGCAUAUCGACAACAGCCGAUGUUCAAAGUUUCCAUACUGCAAAUGCAGUUGGUAAGUUCAAUAUGUGGAUAGAUCCUAACACUGGCUUAAGACAAGAUGUGCCUCACUGUCUCUUAUUUCCCCUGAUCGACCAGGGGAUUUCGAAGCUUCAAGUUGCAACCGAUGUCAGCGUAACUAGAAUAUUAUUCGAUGGCAACAAGAGAGCCAAUGCUGUGGAAUACAGCAUGAACGGCGCGGACAUAUCUACCGUAAAAGCACGCAAACUCGUCGUCCUUGCUAGUGGUGCGUUGGGAUCCCCCCAAAUUCUGGAAAGGUCUGGGGUCGGCGAUAAACAGCUGCUAUCUAAACUGGGUAUUCACGUAGUAUCUGAUCUGCCAGGCGUGGGUAACAAUUAUCAGGAUCAUAAUGUGAUCUUUUACCCGUAUAAGUCGAGUGCGGGAAUUUCUGAAACGAUCGACGGCGUAGUCAGUGGACGCUUAACAUUGGAGGAAGCUCUGAAACAGAAGAAAGAAACUCCAGGGCGCAACAUGAUAGGCUGGAAUGGGCUGGACUGUGUCGGGAAGCUCCGUCCUGUUGAUCCCAAGUCCCUUCAUCCUACGUUGCAGAGAGCCUGGGAGGCAGAUUUCAAAACCCAGGCAGAGAAACCAUUGAUGUUAAUUGCUACGAUUGCGGGGUACGUUGGUGAUCACUCAUGCAUUGAUGUCGGGCAAUAUUUUUCAUGUGGUCCAUAUACUCCAUACCCGUACUCGCGGGGCUCAAUUCAUAUUACUGGGCCUUCAACAGUGGACGUGCCUGAGUUUAACUGUGGCUUCCUCUCUAAUCCCAUAGACUUGGAGAAACUGGUCUGGGGGUACAAGUUGCAAAGAGAGAUAGUUCGCAGAAUGUCCUACUAUCAAGGUCCACUCAAAGAGGGACACCCAACUUUUCCCGAAGGCUCAAAAGCAAGCUACGAGGUUGUUGACGAGGCUUCUCGGUCACGAGAACAACUAAUUCAUAUAGACUACUCGGCGGAAGAUGACGAGGUUAUUCGAAAAUUUAUCAGGGAGAGAGUUCAUACAACUUGGCAUAGCUUGGGUACGUGUGCGAUGAAGCCCAGGGAAGAUGGUGGCGUUGUUGACAGUAGUCUCAACGUCCACGGCGUUAGUGGAUUAAAGAUUGUCGAUUUGUCUAUUUGCCCCUUCAACGUUUCGGCGAAUACGUAUGCCACAGCUCUUGCUGUGGGCGAGAAGGCUGUCUUGAUAACUGCAAAGGAACUGAAGAUCCCAUAUUCCGUGGACCCCCCGAUAAACGUCCCAGUCACUAGUAAAAUUUAA